AGAGGAAUCAUCACGUCUACAUGCAAAGAUUCAUGUCCUGUGUUGCCGGGAGGCAGAGUAUGAAGAGAGCUGUCGCAGAGGAACUAACAUGCUAUGGGAAUGUGCAGGCCAUUCUACUCAGAUUUCCUGAGAGUCAAGAAGGGCCAACCUGUAGGGAAAAGGGGGAACUGGACACUAAGCAUCCUCUCAGGGAUUCUCCUAGCUGAUACUAUGAAACGGCGACAAAAGAGGAAACAUCUGGAAAAGGAAGAGUCCCAGGAAACUGAUGAGAAGGGAAGAGGAAUGUCAAAAUCACAAGAGGAUGCCCCUCAUCUUGAAUCCACUGUAGUGGCCAAAGUCUGCAGCCUAAGGGGAGGGGAGAUCUCCUCUGCCUCAGAAUACUUCUCCUGUGUUUCUUCUCCAUACAAGCUCUUCCAUGGUAGUAAAGGAACCCGGAAAUUACAAGACAGUCCCAAGCCUAGAUCACCCCUAACCCAGUUUCAAAAACGAGGGGAGAGUCCUCCCUGCUCCCAGCAUAACUCCUCAUCCCAUUCAUCUUAUAAGACCUGUGUGUCCUCUCUGUGUAUGAACAAAGAGGAAAAGGGCAUGAAAAUAUACUACAUGCAGGUAAAAAUGAAAAAAGGUGUAGCUGUCUCCUGGGACACAGAGGAAACCUCAGAGUCCCUAGAAAAGCAACCACGGAUGGAAGAAAUGACCCUUCCUGAGAAAGUGCGAGUGGGUACUGCCCCCUCUGAUGUAUCCACCAGAAACCUCUUGUCUGACAGCGAGCCCAGUGGGGAGGAGAAGGAACAUGAGGAAAAGGCAGAGUUAGAGAGCCCACCAGGGUCACCCGCAGUGGAGGAGAGACCCAGGGCCAAGACGCCAGACUGGCUGGUGACCAUGGAGAAUGGUUUCAGAUGCAUGGCCUGUUGCCGGGUCUUUGCCACCAUGGAUAUCCUCCGGGAGCAUGUGAAGUAUGGGAUCAGGGAGGGCUUCAGCUGCCACGUCUUCCAUCUCACCAUGGCUCAGCUGAUAAACAAUGUAGACUCAGAGAUCGCCCAAGAAGAGGAGGAUGAGGAGGAUGAGGAGGAUGAGGAGGAAGAAGAGAAGCAAGAAGAAAAGGAGAAUAAGGUGGAGCAGCCCACAAGGGAAGACCCUGGCCUGAAGAGACCCUGGAGCCAAUGUCCAGGCUGUGUGUUUCAUUCUCCAAAGGACAGGAAGUGA